ACAAAAGGAAGCCAGAAGUUAGAGCUGCGAAAGUAUAUUUUUAUUGCGUUUUAAAGAUUUUGUACAACUUCUAUUACGCGUUGGUCGUUUUUCUAAGCCUUAUUUACACGUGCAGUGCCCGUAGUUCAAAUCGCGGGCGAUAGUGGAAAGAAGGGGAGUCCUACGGAUUUUUGGCGGCAUUCCGGUCCCCCCGCCCCCCUUUUGGGGUUUGUUAUGAAAUUUGAAAUUCACAGAAAUGGCGCCAAGCGGUGAAAAUACUCCAAAUUUCCGAAAAUCGUUGCGAAAAGCCACACCGAACGAAAAGUACAGACAAUUCGUUACCCAGACUCAAACACGACGUCGGCGUACGAAACCGGAAAACUCGGAAAAUGAUUCCAGGCAGGUUAAUCUGGUGCCGGAAACGGAUGCCGCAACCGGAUGUGCAUCCCCUGUCCGUGAGGACCGUCACUCGAAUGUGACCAGACGCACGAAACCUGGCCGUGGUAGAAGCGUUCCUGCCAGCAAAAAGGAUGUGUCCGGACUUAAGCAAUCCUUCGGUUUGAAGGACUGCGUCAUUGUGUUGACGGAUAUUUGCAAAGACAUCUCGCGGCCCGAAGCAGAACGACAGCAGCAACAAGUUCCGGCAAAUCAGAACACUCGCACUGGCCAAGCACUUGGAAAAAAUGUUCCAAAUCCAAGGACGAAACGCAAACAGCUGGAUGCGCCAAUCCCCGCUAGUGUCUCGCCUGCGAAGCAAUCUAUCGAAGAGUCAGUUGUGGAGGUCCCACUGGAUCCGCCAGUUGAAUCCGUACCGCCGGUACCAGAGCAAAUGAUAACGCUGACGACGAUAGAACCAGAUGCAACGCAACGUAAACGUCGAGCGACGAAGGCAAACAAUCCGUUCGCCAUGCUCAUUGUCUCUGUUAAGCGGCUGGCACCGGCUCUUUCGCAGAAAGCGCUUCAAACGUUGCACAACCCGGAACAGCUGACCGAAACAAUCCGAGAGCUUGAAGCUACACAGCGCCAAUCGGUUCGAGAAACGAACCGAUUUUCAUCGGCGACGAUCCUAGGAAAACAGAGCAUUCCUGGCCCUAUUCCCGAGAAGAAACCUCGGAUUACUUUCGCUAAAUCUCCCAAAAUUAUUGUCACGGCAAGUCCACCGGAGGAAGGUACCGUCCCUCAAGAUAGAGCAGCUGCUGCACCGCCCAUAACGGAGAGUAAAUUAUUCGUGAAACCGCAGCGAAGUGCAAACAGACGCAAGGAGUUUGGAUUGACUGGAACCGCUUUGCCGCUGCUGCUGGAGGAUGAAGAUGAGGAGAACGAUGUGUACGAGUUUCUCUCCUCAAGCCAAACGGUCGAGACGAAGGGGAAAGAGAAGAAAUCAAAACGACCCAAAACGGCACCCCCCGCGAAGGGGGUUAAAAAGAAGGCUGGCCCCAAAGGGGCACCGCCAGCAGCCAAACCGUCGGUUCGCAUGAAACGAGAGCCAACGAAGCAGAACCGAGGGAAGCCGAAAAAUCCGUUCGGUUGCAAUACGAAAGAUAUCGCGAAGCUGGUGAAAAAGAUCGGUGGUGGUCCGGUAAAAACGGAUCAUCAGCCCAUAGAUUAUGUCGUCAAUCUGGACAUUGAGGACUUUUUCCACGAACCAUUCCCUGCCGGUCGUUCGGAUGAUGUUCAAUUACAGGAUGAGGAUCCGUACGAGCCACCGAUACGCGCUCCAUCACCAAAACGGGCCACCAAUCCGACGCUGGAACGUUUAAAGAAUCCGGCCACACUGCCACUACCGUUCACAUCCACUCCGGCGGCAACCAAUAACAUCAGAAGCAACGGAGCAUCGCUGCUGCCACCGGCGAACGCUGUUUCGCCCCUGAACGUGGGUUCACCGUGGCGCUUACAAGAAGAUCACAUUGUACCGCCAAGCAGAUAUGUGCCGAGAAAUCGCGAGAUGUUACCAUCGUACGAUAGCCAUGAGAGCCAUGUGCCAUUACCACCGCCUGCGAUCGCGAAUGUAACAGAGCGCCGUAAAACAGAUCCGAAAGCGCUACCACCGGAAGGGGCGAUGAAUGGGACAGUAGGAACGACACCGCAGCAACCACCACGGAAAACGCUGGCGCAGAAGCCUCUAUCGCCUGAGGAGGUAUUAAGCGAAGAGAAUUUCCGCGAAGUCGAACGAAUGUACAACGAGCUGAAGGCGACGAGUGCCAUGAGCGAGAAGCUGAUCGGCGUGAUGCGAAAGUACAAGAGCAAAAUGCGCCAACCGGCAGGCUCGUCAACCGAUGACGCCCAUUGUCGGCAAUACGAAGGCAACAUGCGGGAAGCGUGCUCAAAGCUACGCCAAUGGUACACACGAUCGAUGCAAUCGUUUAACCGUUCCAUGCACAUCAUCAACCAGAUACAGCGCAGUGUAACGGUGGUUGAAAGAGCGGCUGCGUGUCCAUCGCCACUGUCUCAUGCACAGCAGCAAACGGUGGAAAACUUUAAUCAAAGCACGGACCACUUCCGAUCGAUGCUGGAUGAGCUGCGUGAUGCAAUGAAUGAUUCGAAUGAUGAGAAUCGAACUCCUCCGGGUGGGCAACCGGUACCGAUCGGUGCUCCAAGUUCUCGUAGCACAGCGCCAGCGAACAAAGGGACGAAGGAUGUAAUCGUUAUUCCGGAUCGAGCCCACAUUACGACGCGAAAUCCAUUGAAGUCGUUAAAUUUCGUUCCAUUGCCACAACACAACAGUCCACUGAUGUCACCGUUGGCGAAACCGAUUCCGGCAUCACCUGUACCGCUCCGGCGAGGAUUGCAAUUUGACCAGACCCCUACCACGGACACGAUCGAUGGCAAUCGGUCGAGAGUUGUCGCGGUGCGCGACAAGUUGAUCCCUAACGUUGAACGAUCACCGGCGAAAGAGCCGAGCGUAAUUGCCAUCACGAAUGACGAUGUCAUCAUUGAAGAUAGCUGCGACGAGUUUGUCGCCGAAACAUCCUUCGAUGACACACCGGAAGCAAUAGAAAAUGUGCCUCCUCCUGAAGGCAAUCAUUCGGUACAACGUAAUGGCAGCAACACAUCGGCUAAGGAUGCUACCGGUGUGGACGAUUUGUUCGGUUUUGCAGAAGAAUCGUACGAAGAUGUUUCGGAACCACAGAUCACACUACCGAUGCCACUGAACAUCUCGGCAGCCACGCUAAAGAAGCGACUGAACGCUGUAAAGGAAUUGCUACCUGAGCGACCCAUCUUCCGGGAACGUCCACUCGAGCGAUCGAGCGGCGGACCGACACGGUUACCGACGAAGGCGCGAUUGCUACGUAGCGUUUUCAGCAGUCCCGAGAAACGAUCGACUCGUACGCUGCACGCAUUUGCGGCCUCUACACCAAGGGUGGUCGAAACUGCACCGCUCCAAACCGAUCGUGCUACUUCGAACGGAACAGCAGCGGCAGGCGAUCACCAACCGCCGAACGUGUCCGCGAUCGAGAACAACCAACCGCUGGAAGCAGAGAAUGACGAUGAAAUUGACCAGUUUCUGGGUUCGGUUGUGCUCUUCGAUGAACCACAGAACACGUUUGAUCGUUCAACACUCCAACGGACAUACACGCGCAUACCUCGACGAAAGCGGGCGAAGAACAUUUAUCUCGCCAACCUGGGCCUUAGUGACGACGAGGAUGGUGCCCUGUCUGACGAUCCGCACGAGUUGAGCUCCGAUUCGGAUGCGGAAGCAAAAAAGAAAAAGCAGAAACAGAAAAAGGAACGACGCAAGGCACGACGAAAGAAGCCGGUUGAAGAGACAAAGGAAUUCAAACAGUUCGUCGAAGAGUUCAAUAGCAUGUGCGAAGAGGUCGAACGGUUCGAGGUGAUUGUCGAGUAAACGCUACAAAACUGGGACGGCACGGAAUGUAAGAACGGCCCGGGAGCAUUAUCUUGAGCAGAACGCAUGAUCGUAGUUGUACUAUGUUAUCGUUUUUUUUUACAAAUUACAUUAGAUUAGCCUAUCCUAGGGGCGGUUAAUAUUUCCAUGGGGAAUUCCUUGUAAUACUGAUCCAUCCUUGGAGGAUACUGUUUUUUUUAUUCGUUUUCCUAGUUUUUCUAACCACAUGAACUAUAUUUUUGAUGAGUGAACAUUUUAUGCGCAAACGAUAAAUAAAAUAAUAAU